CAAAUCAUCGCGCAUGCGCAGUGGGCUGCAUAUUCACCACAUUGAAAAUGUUUGCCUGAAACUCUCGGAAGUUUAGCCAAGAAGUUGCUGUGAUUUACUUAGCUGCAAUAAAGACGGUGCCACUAAAAUAACCUAGCUUAUUUUUUUGGGGGUAUAUAUAUAUAUAUAGAAAGAGAGAGACAUAAAGGAUUAUACAUGGAUUUAUAUCAAUUUACAUUAUAUUGUGGUCGAAAACAUGAAUGGUAGCCACCUUUGGAAGAAGUUGUGAUUUAUUUAUUUUUUUGGCGCUCUACUAGCUAACAACGCAGAGUAAAGAUGGUGGAGUUGAGCUAGCUUCGUAUGAGAUAGCAGAGCUAGCUAGCUAGGUUGCUAUCGUUUGUGUCUGAAAAGUUUGGAAGAACUGCCCCCUUCCGUUUGCCAUACUCGCCCACAUCUUAUGUUGGCAGAGCAGAUAAAGAAAACAUGAGUGCUCGGAAGAUGGAACCAGGGAUACUGGAGGUUGGAUCUAGACAUCAGAUGGUGCUCUGAAGAAGCCAUGGGUAGCUGUUUAAGCUGUCCAGAGAAGGAGUCAAUCCCAGAUAAUCAUCAAACCAAAUUUAAGGUGAUAAACGUGGAUGACGAUGGGAACGAGCUGGGCUCGGGCAUGAUGGAGCUGACAGAGGUAGAGCUCGUCCUCCACACCUAUCGCCGUGACGACGUCAAGUGGCCCUACAUGUGCCUGCGUCGCUAUGGCUACGACUCCAACCUCUUCUCCUUCGAGAGUGGCCGCCGCUGCCAGACGGGACAAGGGAUCUUUGCCUUUAAGUGUGCUCGGGCGGAGGAGAUCUUCAACAUGCUGCAGGAGGUGAUGCACAACCACAGCAUCAGUGUGGUGGAGGAGGCCGUACUGGAGACCAACCAGCAGGCCACACAUACUCCUGCCGCUCUGGGCUACUCUGUUCCCACCGUGCACAAUGGUGUCACCCGGAUCCCUUCGGUGGGCGACGCCCCCUCGCACCCCUCCACACGCCACCCAUCUGUGGCCAGCACCCGACUGCCCUCGGUGGGAGAGGAGUCUACACACCCCCUCCUAGUGGCUGACGAGGCGGUCCACACUUAUGUGAACACCACAGGCCUGCUGGAUGACCAGCCCAGCCCUCUGACUGCUCCAGCCCCUCUGGACAGCCCUGGCUCAGCCCAGUCCCAGUGCCCCCCUACACCACCACCUCCGCGGGUAGCCAGACCAGAGCCCCAGGCCCAGCUCCAGGAAGAACCCCAGGUACUGCUGGAGUCCCAGGGGGUACGCUUCGUGCUGGGGCCCACCCCUGCGCAGAAAAAGAUGGCCAAGGGGAAGCAUCAGACUGAGGAUGGAGAUGAAGAGGAGGCAGGGGAGGACUCAGAGUCCCCGGAGCCUGGAGAGGGAGAGACCAACGGCCACACAGACAUGGAGGCCCCAGCCCCACCAGAGGGCCAGCCUCAGCUGUCCUCUACACACUCCAAUGGCUCCUCUGCCUCUGUCGGGGCUCCAGCCACAGCCCCUCGCCGCCAUCUCUUGCCCCCCGUGACCCCCGACACCCUGCAGAAUGUCAACAACUCAGCCCAGCGGCGCACGGCCCUCCUAGACUACGAGAACCUCCCAGCCCUGCCGCCCGUCUGGGAGACCCGCAAGCCCAGCAACGAGGAGGAGGAGAACAACAGUGGACCCCGUGGUGGAGGAGGCCAGGGGGGGCUAAAGAUGUCCUCCCUCAACGGCUACAACCACCACAGCCUCCUCCACCACUCCUACUCCCAUCCCCUGUCAGCCCACCCCCCUCUGUCAGCCAUGGAGUCCUCCCACAACUAUGUGAACACAGAGAAUGUGACUGCCCCCCUCAGCGCCCGCUGUGCCCCCGACACGGCACGCCGCCGCAGCGACGGGCCCAUCGUGUUCAACUUCGACUUCCGCCGGCCGUUGGGUCAGGAGCAUCCCAAGACGCUCAACUACAUCGAGGUGGAGAUGGAAACUACCGCCUCUUCCUCCGCAGCCUCCAAGGGUGCGUCCUCAGACACCAGCAACCCCCACACGCCCCGCACCCCAACCUCGCCGCCUCUGCCUACCACCCCCACGCGCCGCACCGAGCUCUACGCCUUCAUCGACAUCGAGCGCACCGCCGCCAUGUCCAACCUGCAGAAGGCCCGGCCGCAUGACGACGGGUCACUGAGGAAAACGCGGCACAAUAGCACAGAGCUUCCCACCAAAAGCACUGUCUGACUAUUACCUGAUCCGCCUGGCACCUUUUUCUACCAUUUACCCCUUUUUUAAAUAUGAAACAAAUGGGAAGGCAGCCUGUACAGGGGCCUUUGUUAGAGACACAGACAGAGAAACACGUGACGGAGACAUUGGAAAUGCAAAGAGACUCCAGAAAGCGGUCCUAAAAUGAGAUAUAAACAGACUUGAUUGGGGUUACCUGUAAGGGAAUUCAGGUAGACCAAAGUAGGUACUUACUUGCCAUAUACCAAUUUAUUCCUAUGGUAAUAUAAUACCUCUUCUCCUUCACCCAUUCUACAGUGCAUUUGGGUUGUUUAUUAUGUUAAUAAGACUGGACUGCAUUCCUCCUCACCCACCGUACAAAUCAGUAUUACUGAACAAAGCAUUCCAUUUAGCCUUUUUAUGAUUCACUACAUGCUGCUGUAAUUUCAGUAUCUGAGGAUUACAUGGUACACUUCAUGUUUGACUAUGUACAGUAGAUUCUGGCACAAUAAAUGUCUGUUCUGUUUGUA